AUGCAGUGCCUGUUCUUGGAAGAGCGUGUCUCUGCUGAGGGGUACGUGGUGCUUCUUGCUGAGACGUUUCGUUCCUCUUUUCAAAGAAUUCAAUUUUUUUUGACGACGAUUGCGGAGCCGACAUCGCGUCCCUCGUUGAUGCAUGAGUACCGCAUGACACCCUUCUCCUUGGGGGCAGCCGUCUCCGCCAGCAUACCUGUGUCGGAUGUUAUUUGCUUUUUGGAUGAGUAUGUCUAUGGCUUUUGCGACGAGGGGGAGAACUCACGUCGUGCUCGUGUUUGCGCCUUUCUGGAGAUGUGCAUGAGCCGGUACAAUUUGGCUCGCAUAGUGAUUGAAGACGCACGGACAUUUGUGGAGUGCGACAAUGUUGAAACAGCGGAGACGCUUUUGCUCGAUCCUGUUGUGCGGUCACUAUGCGCCGAACCGCCCCAAAUCGUUCCUGUCGUUCCCCAUUCGCUUCUUGUGCUGAGGAGCCGGGCCGUCGCAAGACGUGUGGCGGAGCGCUGCGUUUUACUCGGAUUUCCCCUUCAACAGCAGUAUGACUAUGAAAGGGAUUCGGGUGUUCGUAACAUCAAUGUCAUGCUGAAGACGCAGACAAAACCGCGGCCAUAUCAAAUUGAUGCUGUCAACGCCGCGGCGACGGAGGGUUCUCUCCGAAGUGGCUGUAUUGUUCUUCCAUGUGGUGCGGGCAAGACACUUGUGGGGAUAAUGCUUCUGUGCAAGGUGAAGAAGCCGACCCUAAUCCUCUGCGCGGGGAGUGUGAGCGUUGAGCAGUGGAAAAAUCAAAUCUUGGAGUUUGCCAGCAUCUGCGCCCAUGACACGGACGAUGAAAUGGCCGCCGCUGAAAAGCACAGGUCUAGGUUGGAGGGCGCCGCACGUAUUGCCUGUUUGACCGGAAAACAAAAAGACCCAGUUACGGAGGAAACGGAUAUCGUUCUCACGACUUACAGUAUGCUUGUAACGGCGCACAGAGCGCAGAUGCGACAGCGCGCGGCACAUGCAAGUGGUUUGGCGGAUGAUCGACACCAGAAGAGAAGACGAGCCAAUCCAAAGGAGAAACUCUUCCAGCCCUAUGGUCUUCUCAUUAUGGAUGAGGUUCAUGUCAUGCCGGCAGAGGCAUAUAAGGAAAGUUUAAGCCUCGUCGAUGCCAAGGGCGUGGUGGGACUAACGGCCACAUAUGUCCGUGAAGAUGCAAAAAUCCAGGAUUUGUUUCAUUUGGUCGGACCGAAACUCUACGAUGUUUCUUGGGAGACGCUAGCGUCAAGUGGCUAUCUGGCCAAUGUGACAUGUAUCGAGGUGUUGACACCACUUACAAGACAAUUCAGUCUUGAAUAUAUGCAGCGCAGUGGGGAGGACCACACACUGCAGCAGCGUAAAAUGCCACUUCUUGUCAUGCUGGCUGCCGCGAACCCCAACAAAAUGCUCUGUGUUCUUGAGCUUGUUCGAAGGCACGUUGCGGACUCCUCAAAGAUCCUUGUUUUUUGCGAUCACCUUCUUCUUCUUAGGGAGUACGGGACUCUGCUUCACGCACCUGUCAUAUGUGGCCAAACACCCCAUCGUGAACGACUGAUGAUUUUUUCCGAUUUUCAGAGCACCUCGAAGCUGAAUGUCAUUUGUUUGUCGCGUGUUGGGGACGUCAGUGUGAAUCUCCCCAGCGCCAACGUGGUGAUACAGGUCUCUAGUCAUGGCGGAAGCCGACGGCAAGAAGCACAGCGCCUCGGGAGGAUUUUGCGCCCCAAGGCGAGAGCCAGUAAUGGCAAAAUGGUUGACGCGUGGUUUUACACCAUCAUUAGCACAGACACUCUGGAAAUGGCGUACGCGGCACAUCGCACAGCGUUUCUCGUGGAUCAGGGAUACACAUGCCGCAUUAUUGAAUUUCAGCCGGACGAGCUUUCGAAUGAUGAGACCGAUGACGUCGCGGUUGCCGCAGAGGCGGGCGAUGCUGUAAGCUUGAAGCAAGAGAAACUACGCAGCGCCUUGAGGGAGAAGAAACUGCAGUGUGAGUCUUUGACGGUACCACAAGGCUCUGUGGACGCCCGAAAAAUCGAGUACCAGCUGGAUCUGUUGUCUCGGGUUGUUUCCAACUGGGAAUUGGAGUACCACAGUCAGGGGUUGAAGCAAGCGUCGUCAGGACACGACGGGUUUCCGCCAGACGAUGACGCCAACGUGAGCGAGGGGAGAGAUGUUAUGGAAAUUGUACCGGACAGCGAUUUGGCAGCAAUCAAGCGGGAAUGGGCAGGGGGAACUCGCAUGGACCAAUUUCAAUUCGGUCACAGCUGCACUUCUUUGCAAGGCUUGGUCAGCGUCGAUGAGAAUUUCGUGUACCAUGAACUUUAG